GCGGAAGAAACGUUCCACCCUUCACACAAUCGAGAGACGCACAUAGGCUACACCAGCUACACGGACAGAUGGAAAAUGCCUUUAAUAGUGAUAAUGAAAAACAAAACAACGAGUAGUUUAAAAACAAGAUUAUUUUUGAAGAGAUAAAUAUUUUAUAGACCCUACACUUAAAUCAUGGCUAGAGAGUUAAUUGACUGCCACUGUCACCUUUCAGCAAAUGAGUUUACACAGGACAUUGAUGAUGUACUUUUGAGAGCAAAAAAGACUGGAGUGAAAGCUCUUGUGGCAGUUACAGAGGGAGCCAGUGAGUUUGAGAAAGUUAUUCAGUUGUCAAAAAUCUACCCUGGUUUUGUGUUCCCUUGUUUUGGCAUUCAUCCCCUUCAAGGGUCAGGGAAAGACUUACACAGUGUCAAGGUUCAGGACCUGGAGCCAUUCCUUCCUUUGUUCCAGAAGCACAGAGAUAAUAUUGUUGCCAUUGGAGAGAUUGGUCUUGACUUUACCCCCUGGUAUGCAAAUACUAAUCAAGAGCGUGAUGAACAGAUACAAGUCUUUACAAAACAACUUGAAAUAUCUAAAGAACUGGAUUUGCCCGUGAAUGUACAUUCCCGCUCAGCAGCCAAGGCUACCAUAGCCACAAUGAAAGAACUAGGGAUUGGCCAAGCAUUGUUGCAUAAUUUUGCCGGGAAGCCAUCGGUUGCCAUGGAAGGGGUUCAGGCUGGAUUCUCCUUCUCCUUUCCGCCUGCCGUCAGCAAAAACGAGCAGAGAGCAAAAUUAAUCAGACAGAUUCCACUGGAACACAUUUGCCUUGAGACAGACUCUCCAGCCUUGGGGCUUGACGAUCAUGUUAGAAAUGAACCCGGGAACAUAACGAUCAGCUGUGAAUACAUUGCAAAAGUUAAGAGAAUAUCUCCAGGUGUAGUAAUGGAAGUCACAACACAAAAUGCCCUUCGGUUGUUUCCAAGGUUAAAAACUUAGAGUUAAUAUUAUCUUAUUUAAUUUAGUAAAUUCAUUAGUUUUUCUUUUCUGUUUCUUUCAAAAUGAAUUCAUACAGGUUUUGAUAUAAGCAUGAUGGGCAAAUGACAAAUUUUCAUUUUUUGGGGGUGAACUUUUCCUUUAAUUGUAUGCCAAUGACUAUGUAAUAAUAUCAUUGUUUUUUAUAUGUAAAAUAGUUUAAAUAAAAAAAUAUUGCCAGA